GUUUCCAGGGUGCUGAACCGGGCAAGACAGGACAGACAACUCGCUCGUAGCUUUGCACAGCUAGUACCACCAGCAGGUUAGAUGAGCUUCUUUUCAGUGUGAAUACCAUGAGAAGACUGGAACACCAGCAGGCCAGGCCAACAGCAGGCUGUCUAUCUGUGCCACUUUUCAACCAGAAGAAAAGAAACCGAGUCCCUCUGACAUCUGCCCCUUCAGAGAGUGAAUUCUUUUCUCACAGUGAAUACUCAGCAAAUACCAGCUCAAAUACAUCUCACAACACACCAGGUUCCUAUGGGAGUUACCAUGCUCCUGGUCCAUCCACUGGUGCUCCACCAAGGCUCCAGUGGAACAGACAGGGCAACCCACAAUCUUCCCCUCCCCAGCAGUAUGGCAGUAACAGACCUGCUCCUGGACCUUCCCCUACUGUGAGAAGCUAUGCACCUAUUCUACAUCCAUACAAAGGAGGAGACACAAGCGCAAAGAUGGGACAGCCAAGCAACCCAGUUAGACAGCAGCCUGCCAGCUCCAGUGUUAACUCUAGAAACAACCUGUAUCAAGCCCCUCGCAUCAGUGAUACUGCUCAAAGCAAGCCAUCACCUCAUACUGGGUUCUCUCAGAGGAGUCAGCAGCCAUCUCACAGGCAGUCCAAUCCCACACAGCAGUAUUCCCAGCAGUCAAGACCUCCUCCUGCACUUGUCCCUCCACCCAGCAGGCCCCCUGCUCGGGACCCACAACCACAGAAAAACUCCUGGAAUUUUACUAACAGCUUUGGCCCUCAGAAUCCUCCCUAUGAUGGAAACAGGAGCUCAAAUCGAGCUUGCACUGUGCAGAUACCUCAAAAUCAGCAGGGAACUUCUCCAGGGAAGCCAACCGUAGAGCACUCACUGAGAAUCCUGACUGCAGUUAUUGAUGGAAUGAGACACUGGAGCCAGUUUAAAGACAGAGCCCCUUAUUUAUUUGAGAUAUUUGCUACUCUGGACUCUGCAGUCACACUGGGGCGCCAUGGAGCCAAGAACUUCCUCAUGAGAGACGGGAAGCAGGUUGUGCAGUGUGUCUUCUAUGAAAAUGAGCGAGAGCUCCCCCGUUUGAUCCGAGGUCAAGUUCAUCGCUGUGUGGGAAACUAUGACCUCAGCAGAGAAGUCCUGAUCUGUGUGUCCAUCAGACCUGCCCUGCCCUCAGAGCAGAGAAAUGCUCAGGAGGCUGUCAAAGCCUGCGAUGCAGAGAUGAGGGCUCUGGUCAAAUCCCUUAGUGAAGCCUGAGCACAGGCAGGUAUCUGAACAAAGUAUACACCAGGAGACAUGAAGAUUGAAUUUGAAAUGAUUACAAAUCUCCUACAUUUUAAAAAAAUGUUAUGGCUGUAAAUCCUUAAAGUUUUGAAAAAACAUGUUUAAGUCAUUAAUGAACUCAUGGCCAGUUGCCAUUAAUUUGCUGCAAGCGCAUUCCAUU